GGGGCGAGGGGAGAGGGGAGAGGGGGGCGAGGGGAGAGGGGAGAGGGGGGCGAGGGGAGAGGGGAGAGGGGGGCGAGGGGGGCGGAGCGGGAAGAGGGGCGGAGCGGGAAGAGGGGCGGAGCGGGGGCGGAGGGGGAAGAGGGGCGGAGCGGGGAUGGGGAUGAAGAAUAA